GAAAAUCUGGCAACCGUCGGACUAGAUUCUAGAUCUAGAUCUAGAUCUAGGAUGCUGACAAUCAUGAUUUGUUUUGAUGGACUGAGUUGGUACAUGAACUGAACACAGUGAACACGCCUGUGAUGAUUGGGCAGAUAGUGAGAGUAAAACCUUGUUCUGUAAUCUACUCCACUGUACCAAGUGCUUCCCUGCUUACAUCAGAACUUUGCAAUGCUUGGAAUGUCAGUAUCCACAGGUCAAGGCCUCAGUGGUCCAAUAUAUCAUGUACAUCAGGUCCCUGAGCAUUUUCAUGAGCACUAUAUUCUUCGAGGCUAUCGCCACCCAAAGAGCUCUGUUACUCAGUGCCUACUCAGUCUGUUUGAUCCUACAAACGAAACAUUAAAUAUAUGGACACAUUUUCUACCUACAUGGUACUUUGUGUAUGUGACAUUACACCUUGGAUGGAGCAUUGACUUUUUGAAUGAUUGCUAUAGUUGGCCACUUCUAUCCUACCUAUUAGUCUGCUGUGCCUUCCCAUUAGCCAGUGCUGUAGCUCAUCUCUUCAAUGUUAUGUCUGACUGUGCUAGGCAUGUGUGUUUUUUUCUGGACUAUUCUGCUCUAAGUCUCUUUAGCUUUGGUGUUGCUGUUAUGUAUAGAGCCUACUGUUUUCCAGUAAACCUCCUGGACAAUGCUAAAUGGUACAGUGAUAAUUAUGUUGAAAUAGCAGCUGUUAAUGCAGUCAUCUGCACAAUAGUUUCAUGUCAGACGCGCUUUAUGAAACCAAGUCCUUUAAGGAAAGCUCUUCGUUUAGGAGCUUUUGCAGUUCCUUAUGUAUAUGACAGUUUUCCAUUAAUUUACCGCAUUGUUUUCAAUAAUGUUAGUGAGCUACAUCUCUCUGCCCACUACCUUCACACCAGGCAGUUUAUGUUUGCAUUUUUAGCAGCAUUUCUUUAUGCUUCUCAUCUACCUGAACGACUAGUACCUGGAAUUUUUGACAUCAUUGGCCAUUCCCACCAGUUAUUCCAUGUCUCAUCUAUAUUAGCAGUGAUGGACCAACUACAUGCUGUGCUGCUAGACUAUCAGGGACGUAAAGAAUAUGUUCAGACAAAAUGGGACUUUGAAAAGUUUGGCAACAGUCUUGGUUACUUGUUGGUUAUAUUUUGCAUUAACUCAAUAGUCAUUAUUUUGUUUACAAUACGAUUGUUCUUUUUUAAACACAAACUAAAGAAAAUCUAAUUACAUUUUUGUUUAAUGAUUAUUACAGACUUUAUGUUGCAAAAACUGAAUCUGUGAUUUGUAAUAUUAUUGGAUUAGUUGAAUGUACAUAAACAUGCACAAAACAUUUUUUGGUGAUAAAGCUUUUGAACAUUAAGAAAUAUGCCGUAGUAUUUUUUUUAUACAGCAGUAAAUUGUGAUGGUUUUUUUAUAAUCAGUGUUACCUUGUUGAAUAUUCAGGAAAAAAAUUAAAAGUAUCUCAUGUCCAUUAUUUUUAACUAUCUCUUUAUACAUAUACAUUUUUUUAUUAACUCUGGUAAUUUUAUUGUUGUUGCUGUCUGUGGCAUUAACAGAAUCUAUUUACAGAAGAGCAAUGACAAAAGCACAAUUUGAACAAUACUUUUGUAUACUGUAAACAAUAGAACCUCCUGUGGUACAUUCAGCAAUAUUUGUUCAUGUUGAUAGAUUGAAAAUUCCAGAUAAUCAUAUUUAUUAUCCAUGCUAGUGAAGGUCCAUUCCAUUUUUAUAUAAUUAUACAAUUUAUUAUAGUAACAUAAUUAAUGUAUCAUUAAUUGACAGUAAGGAAUAAUUUGUCUUAACUACCAUUUAGAUAGAAAAAAAACUGAAUAUAACUAAGAAUUUUGAAGUCAUUUUAAAAACUAUGUAUCCCCAAACAAAGGUAUCCCUUUAGACUAUUUUAUUUAUUAUUUAUUUCAAAUAUAUUACAUAUGCUUGUUGCUGCAGGAAAUGGCAUUUGUUGUAGUUCUAGUUUUUGUAAUAUGUGAAACUUAUGAUUUGAUGAAACAUGGUCUGUUUACAUUAAUGAUUUUGCCUACGAGAUAUUUUUAAAAGAAAUGCAAUUCUUGUGAUAUAUGUUAGAGAAGCAUUGUGUGUGCACUUGAUGUUAUUUACUAUUGAUUUAAAAGCAACUCAAUCUUCUUUGCCAUUUUAUAGUUCCUAAACUAUGGUAGUAGCUAUAAGGAUGAUUUAUACUACGGUACUGGGCCUCUUCUUUUAAAAUGUAUAUUUUCUAUAUGAAAUUAACUUUUAAAAAAAAUCAAAAAGUUUAUUUUUGUUGUGAACUUUUUUUUCCAUCAAUAGAUCUUUGUUUAUAUAUAUCAGAGAUGAA